UCUACCGGAAAUGGAAAAGCGUAAGAAGAAGAAAAAGCAGCACCCUCGCGUAGCCACAACACUGCACGACAGCUAACUGCUAGCUUAGCAGGCUACAUCAAAGUAUGAUAUCCUAAAUGUGAACAGAGGAAGGAACAAUAAAGCUUCAGACUCUUAUAACGUGUUUGAUAUAGAGGCUGAGAGCGAUCGUCCAGGAUGUAUGCUGUGUACAGGCAAGCCCACACCCCCACUGCAGUGGAGUUUUCUGUCUACUGCAACUUUAUAUCCAGUAAGGAGAAGAACUUGGUCGUUGCAGGAACAUCUCAACUCUUUGUCUACAGGAUCAUCCACGAUGUUGAGAGUACAUCAAAGGCUGACAAAUCUGCAGAUUCUAAAUCUCGUAAGGAGAAGCUGGAGCAGGUGGCGUCCUUUUCUCUCUUUGGAAAUGUUAUGUCCAUGGCCAGUGUGCAGCUCUCGGGCUCCAACAGAGAUGCACUCCUUCUCAGUUUCAAAGAUGCCAAGUUGUCUGUCGUGGAGUAUGACCCUGGGACACAUGACCUCAAGACGCUGUCUCUUCAUUACUUUGAGGAACCAGAACUCAGAGAUGGUUUUGUACAAAAUGUACACAUACCCAUGGUUCGCGUAGAUCCAGAGAAUCGCUGUGCUGUCAUGCUUGUGUAUGGCACCCAACUUGUGGUGUUGCCGUUCAGAAAGGACACUCUAACUGAUGAGCAGGAGGGUGGAGUCGGAGAAGGACCUAAAUCCAGCUUCCUACCCAGCUACAUCAUUGAUGUCCGUGAGCUAGACGAGAAGCUGCUAAACAUCAUUGACAUGAAGUUUCUGCAUGGCUACUAUGAGCCUACGCUGCUCACCCUGUUUGAGCCCAACCAGACAUGGCCUGGACGUGUUGCUGUACGUCAGGACACUUGCAGCAUCGUCGCCAUCUCCCUCAACAUCAUGCAAAAGGUCCAUCCUGUCAUUUGGUCUCUCAGUAAUCUGCCCUUUGACUGUACGCAAGUUAUGGCUGUUCCCAAACCCAUCGGUGGUGUGGUGGUGUUUGCUGUGAAUUCAUUGCUGUAUUUGAACCAGAGUGUUCCACCAUAUGGAGUUUCUCUCAAUACUCAAACAGCGGGGACCACAGCCUUCCCACUGCGUUUACAGGAUGAAGUGAGGAUCACACUGGACUGUUCCCAGUCAGAUUUUAUUGCCUAUGAUAAGAUGGUCAUCUCUUUGAAAGGAGGAGAAAUUUAUGUGUUAACCCUCAUUACUGAUGGCAUGAGGAGUGUGCGGGCGUUCCACUUCGACAAAGCCGCUGCCAGCGUCCUGACAACUUGUAUGGUGACCAUGGAGCCAGGCUACCUUUUCCUCGGUUCCCGCCUCGGAAACUCUCUGCUCCUGAAAUACACAGAGAAACUUCAGGAGACGCCACCAGAGGAGGGCAGCGAAAAUCAGGACCAGGAAACAGAGAUGGAUAAAGACAAACAGGAGGAGCCACCGAGCAAAAAGAAGCGAGUCGAAUCUUCCACCAACUGGACAGAUGAGGUGGAUGAGAUUGAAGUGUAUGGAAGCGAGGCCCAGUCAGGCACUCAGCUGGCCACCUACUCCUUUGAGGUUUGUGACAGCAUACUCAACAUUGGACCUUGUUCGAAUGCCUCCAUGGGGGAACCUGCUUUCUUGUCAGAAGAGUUCCAGAACAACCCUGAGCCUGACCUGGAGGUUGUAGUUUGCUCUGGUAACGGCAAGAAUGGUGCACUGUCUGUACUUCAGAGAAGCAUCCGACCCCAGGUCGUCACUACAUUCGAGCUGCCAGGUUGCCAUGACAUGUGGACGGUCAUCUCAAGUGAGGUCAAGGAAGACAAAAAAGCUGUAAAGUCAGCUGAUGAGUCAGAGGAGGGAGGAGAGACGGAGAACAGUGAGGAUGGUGAAGAGGGAGAAAAAGAGAAGGAGGAGAAGGAGAAAGACGAGGAGGAGAAGACGGAGCCCCCCAUGGAGGACGAUAAGAAGAAGCACGGCUUCCUCAUUCUAAGCAGAGAAGAUUCGACUAUGAUCCUUCAGACUGGUCAGGAGAUCAUGGAGCUGGACACCAGCGGUUUUGCCACCCAGGGACCCACCGUGUUCGCUGGAAACAUAGGUGACAACAAGUACAUCAUCCAAGUGUCACCCAUGGGUAUUAGACUGCUGGAAGGAGUCACACAGCUCCACUUUAUCCCAGUGGACCUGGGCUCUCCCAUAGUGCACUGCUCUGUGGCCGACCCUUUUGUGGUAAUCAUGACGGCAGAUGGAGUAGUCACCAUGUUCGUGCUGAAGAUCGACUCGUACAUGGGGAAGACACAUCGGCUGGCUCUGCAGAAACCACAUAUCCCCACUCAAUCACGUGUGAUCACACUGUGUGCCUACCGAGACAUAAGCGGCAUGUUCACCACGGAAAACAAAGUGAACUGCUCCGUCAAAGAGGACACCGUCAUCAGGAGUCAGUCUGAGACAGAGACCAUCAUCCAGGACCUCAGUAACGUGGUGGAUGACGAGGAGGAAAUGCUGUAUGGAGACUCCAAUGCCAACGCAGAGAAUACAAAGGAUGAAAUGGGCCGCAGCUACAUGGCACACACACAUUUUGGAAGUGAGGGGGGAUCGAUGAAAGCAGAGCCCACACACUGGUGCAUAAUCAUCAGAGAGAAUGGUGUCAUGGAGAUUUACCAGCUGCCGGACUGGAGCUUGGUCUUCCUGGUGAAGAACUUCCCAGUUGGUCAGAGGGUGCUGGUUGACAGUUCCUCUGGCCAAUCAGCAGCACAGGGGGAGGGCAAAAAGGAAGAAGUAACACGACAGGGAGAGAUCCCGUUAGUCAAAGAGGUGUCUUUGAUUUCCCUUGGCAACAAUCACAGCAGACCGUAUUUACUGGUUCAUGUGGAACAGGAGCUUCUGAUCUAUGAAGCUUUCCCAUACGAUCAACAGCAGCCACAAAACAACCUGAAAGUCCGCUUUAAAAAGGUGCCCCACAAUAUUAACUUUAGAGAAAAGAAAACAAAGCUGAAGAAAGAUAAGAAGGCCGAGAGCGGCGCCGCCGAGGAGAGUUCAGCCGUGAAAAGUCGCAUUGCAAGGUUCAGAUACUUUGAGGACAUUUCUGGAUACUCAGGGGUGUUCAUCUGUGGUCCAUCUCCACAUUGGAUGCUGGUCACGUCUCGGGGAGCAAUGAGGCUGCACCCCAUGACCAUUGAUGGCGCCAUCGAGUCUUUCUCCCCCUUCCACAACAUUAACUGCCCCAAAGGCUUCCUGUAUUUCAACAAGCAGGGGGAACUGAGGAUCAGCGUGCUGCCCACAUAUCUGUCCUACGAUGCCCCGUGGCCAGUCAGAAAAAUCCCACUGAGGUGCACCGUCCACUACGUCUCCUACCACGUCGAAUCUAAGGUGUAUGCUGUGUGUACCAGCAUAAAAGAGCCCUGCACUCGCAUCCCCAGGAUGACUGGAGAGGAAAAGGAGUUCGAAACCAUAGAUCGAGAUGAACGUUACAUUAAUCCUCAGCAGGAGAGGUUCUCCAUCCAGCUCAUCUCUCCAGUCAGCUGGGAGACCAUUCCCAACACACGGAUCGACCUGGAGGAGUGGGAGCAUGUGACCUGUAUGAAGACGGUGGCCCUGAGGAGUCAGGAGACAGUGUCUGGCCUGAAGGGCUACGUGGCAGCAGGGACCUGCCUGAUGCAGGGGGAGGAGGUCACCUGCAGGGGCCGGAUUUUUAUCAUGGACGUGAUUGAAGUUGUGCCGGAGCCAGGCCAGCCCCUCACCAAGAACAAGUUCAAAGUGCUGUAUGAGAAGGAACAGAAGGGGCCGGUGACGGCUCUGUGUCACUGCAACGGAUACCUGGUCUCAGCCAUCGGACAGAAGAUCUUCCUAUGGGUCCUGAAGGACAACGACCUGACAGGCAUGGCCUUCAUCGACACUCAGCUCCACAUCCACCAGAUGUUCAGCAUCAAGAACUUCAUCCUGGCCGCCGACCUGAUGAAGAGCAUCUCGCUGCUGCGCUACCAGGAGGAGAGCAAGACGCUGUCGCUCGUCAGCAGGGAUGCAAAGCCCCUGGAGGUUUACAGCAUUGAAUUCAUUGUGGAUAACAACCAGCUCGGAUUCCUGGUGUCUGAUCGCUACCAGAACCUCUAUGUAUAUAUGUAUUUACCAGAAGCUAAAGAGAGCUUCGGAGGAAUGCGUUUGCUGAGGCGAGCGGACUUCAACGCUGGAGCUAACAUUAACACUUUCUGGCGGAUGCCGUGCAGAGGAGCGCUAGACGCCGGCAGCAAGAAGUCUCUGACCUGGGACAACAAGCACAUCACGUGGUUUGCAACCUUAGACGGAGGAGUUGGUUUGCUGCUGCCCAUGCAGGAGAAGACGUACAGACGACUGCUGAUGUUACAGAAUGCUCUCAACACAAUGCUGCCUCAUCACGCUGGUCUAAACCCAAAGGCCUUCAGAAUGCUGCACAGUGACAGACGGUGCCUGCAGAACACUGUGAGGAACAUCCUGGACGGAGAACUCCUCAACAAGUACCUGUACCUCAGCACCAUGGAGCGCAGUGAGCUGGCCAAAAAGAUCGGAACCACUCAGGACAUAAUCCUGGACGACCUUCUGGAGAUCGACAGAGUAACAGCUCAUUUCUGAGCCACAUUCCCACGUCUCGUCCACCCUCAUGUCAAGUGGAAACCAUGUUUUGUUAUGAUCAUCUCUGUGAAAUCCUUGUUUGUUUUUCUUACUUGUUGAACAAAAACAGAUGGCAGUUGUGUUUUCUUAGAAUAUUUUGUAUAAAAAAAAAAUCGGUGAAAUCAUGA